UUCGCUGACCUGAUGUGGGCUUUGGAGCACGGGGUAGAGGAGUCGCCUUCGAGACAGGCUCGGCUGUUCUACCUCCAUUUUAUUACUUCCACUUUUCUAUCGGGUCCGACUGACACCUUUGACCCGAGGUGGAUAGGCAUGGUGGAGGACGUGUCUACACUGGGUGACUAUCGCUGGGGCGAUUUGGGCUAUGCGACGCUUGUCGGCCAGAUGAGUUUGUCGGUGCGCGUCUCGGACCCGAGUAUACGUCACUUUGUGAUUACAUUAGCGGGAGUGCCGCGUUUGAUCGAGCUGUGGGCCUUUGAGCACUUACCCUAGCUGGCUCCCCGAAUGGGGCAGAGGCCUUUGGAGUUCCCUGCCGGUCGCCGUUGGGGUUGGAAGAAGAAGCUGACAGUGCGUCCGCCGCCCGAUACCGUGUGGG